AUGGGCCGGACUCCGCUGGCUUGGGCGGCUGCCCGAGGAGACACGCGAAGUAUUGUGACGCUUCUAAGUCAUGGCGCAGAUCCUAAUAUCAUCGAUGUCCAAUUGUCUGGUCCUUUGUCAAACGCUGCUGCUCAGGGUUACUCUGUUGCGGUUCGUUUACUUCUCGAAGCUGGUGCACAUACGGAUAUUCGCCAUUCUAGUGGCGCGAGAAAGGGCAGUCCACUCAACGUUGCCGCACGGAACGCCACCGAUAUUCUGCUUCUCAAAAGUCUGCUUGACUUUGGUGCGGAUGUCAACUCUAGUGGUAAUGAUGGGAGAACAGCACUAGCCCACGCAGCUAGAAAAGACAAUGCCAGCUUUGCCAUGCUCUUGUUGGAAUACGGAGCGGACAUCAAUUCCGUAUCAACCGAUGGAUCGACCCCUUUGACUACUGCCAUUACUUAUAACUGCCAUAAUGUUCUCAGUCUGUUCCUCGACCGAUGGCAUGAGUACUCAGUCUGCCCCCGAUUGACAGGUCCAAAUCUUCUACAAGUUGCGGCGCUUUAUGCGGAUUGCAGAACACUCCAGAUCCUGGCAGCCUCAGAUCAUUUCAAGAGGCAUUAUGAUAAACAGUAUACGCUUGGAGAUUUCCGCAGUUGCCUGAUGUAG